CAAUGUGUCCGUCCAUCAAGGAAAUAAGUAACCAAAUGAUUGAAUGCAGAAGAACAGACUUGAUCUGAUAAAAUACCUAAUCUAGUCAGCAUAGUUUAAAGUUUACAAGCACCAGAUCGAGAGGGGUACCAGGAUCUUCUUUGCAGAUAAUGUGACACUUCACCAUUUACUUCAUGAAGUAGAACCUAAUUGCUCGGUGUUCUAUGCAAACAGAGCACGAGAUAUAGUCACGACAGUGAGAGAUGAAGUUUGUUCACUUGAUGAUCAGCUCUUCUCCAUAGCAAUAUGUGGGAAACUAUCAAAGGUUUCCUUCGACGGCACAGAAGGAAAUUUUUCAUCACAGGAGCAGUUGUCGGUGGAGUUUACCUGCUUAGUCGCUACGCAAGAUGGCGUUUUGCAGAGUGGCAGCGACAGCAAGAAAUGGAAUACGUCGAACAGGCAAGGAAACAACACCAUUUUGAGAGCAAUCAGAGAACUUGUACCAUUACGUUAUUUUCCUUGGUGCCAAAUUUACGCGAUGCGUUGAUGGAGAAACUCAACUGCGAAGCAAUAACUGGAAAACUUCGUGAACGGCCUUCUAACAAGUUAGAGCUUUGGGAGCAACUGAAAGUUCUCAGUUUUACCCGUACUAUAGCGUCAGUGUACUCAUCAUGCAUGCUGUUUGUGUUCCUAAGAGUGCAGCUGAACAUUAUUGGGGGUUACUUGUAUCUAGAUAGCUUGACGAUGACGGGAGAAGCCUCGAAUGGAAAAAAUGGAAAGAAGGUACACAUUGCUGAGGGACUACAGAAGAGGUACCUUGCCGUGGUUAGAUACCUGAUGGGUGAUGGACUGGAUUUUUUGAUAGAAGAGAUCAGGAGAACUGUAGAAGACAUUUUAGGUGAGAUAUCCUUGAAAGAAAAGUUCAGCCUUGAGGAACUGACCCGACUCAUCAAACACAUACGACAGUCAAUGGAAUUUCCAAACCACAGUGUACCUAUCAAUGGCAAAUUAAAAGAUGCUUCAAACCAGCCAACUAAGAAUGGUCAUCACAUGAGACCACUUACAAAAUUCAUGCUGCCCACAGAUGUUGAAAGUUUGUGUGACACAGUUGGUAAAGAAGGAGAUGAUAACUUCAAGAAUUUAAUAGGGGAAACUCUUGAUAUUCUGGAAAGUGAGGACUGUCUGUAUGUGUUAAAGAUGUGUUUAGAUGCUGGAUUUGCUCAUGUCAUGCACAAUAUGAUUCCCUUCUUUCAAGCUGAGGAACUAGAACUUGGUGCUGUUGGAGGCAUUGAGCUUGAAUCAACCCUUGAUCUCCCACUGGCCAAAAUCAUUCCUAUUAUUAAUGGACAGAUUAACCAUGUCUUGUGUGACUCAGAUAACAACUACUUCCAAGACUUGUUCAAGGUUGGAUCUGCAAGAGACUUUGCAGCAAACAUUUAUGAAGCAUUCAGCUUUGAGUUGGAUUAGAUGUCUGCAAAUAAGCUAACAUCACAACUGACCAUACAGACGUAGAACAGGCCUUGAGGGGCCUUGAGACCUCAGACUGUAGAUUUCCUCAUGUGCUGUAAGAUUUAAUGUAAGGCAGUAAAGGAUAGAUCAUGUGAAGAUGUACAGCGCAUGUGUAGCCUUUUUUAACCAUCUUCCAAAAUGAGAGCGUAGGCUCCUAAAGGGACUGGAGAUAAUUGUAUCAGCAAGUAAUUGAGGUCUCUGUGGACUGUGCUUUAUUCCUAAUUCUCACUUCUGGUUUUGUAAAUUUUUUAAUUAACCAGAAGUUUUUGCUGUUAAAUGUACUUGGUUUUUAGAUACAUUUUGGUUUAUUAGUGGUAAACUUCUUACUUGCUUCUUAGAUAAUUGAUCCAUGCCUCCAAUGUAAAUACACGUAUCAUAACAAUGAUAUACAUGAUUGUGUAACUACUGGUAAUCAAUUCAUACAACAGAAAUAGUAUUGAUUCAAUCAUAAACCAAUUUUCAUACCUAAAUAUAACAAAAUGUCUUCCGUAAGACCAAUGCUUCCCUGCAAGUUGCAAGUUGGUAUUAUGCAAUGUCUGUUUUACUUAAAUGUAAAAUUAGACUUCAUGAUUCUUGUUGAUGAACCUGCAAAGAUUAUUUAGUUAUUUAUAGAGAUGUGU